UCCAUCUUCGCUGCCGGCUUUCGUGCACCGCUGAGGUCGCCGGGCAUUUUCCGCCUGGCACGCCAGCCUUCCCUCUGCAGAGCCUGCACCCGAUCCUUCAAUCUCAAUCUCAAUGUCGCCCGCCGGUCGGCCUCCACCGCGGCCAAGCCCGCGCUCAAGGAGUUUACGAGCAGCAAAAUGGUCUACCCCGAGCGCCUCCUGAUCUAUAAUGCCGGAGCCGGCAGAACAGCAUACAUCGGCUUCUUCAAGCUCGUCACCAUUUUCAUCUUCGCAGGAGGCUGUCUCAUUGUCGCACCAGCCGUCUACUACGACCCCAACUCAGCACCCUGGAAGAUGCCCGCCGUCCUCCUCGCCUCCACAAUCCCCAUGCUCGCCAUCAGCACCACCACUGCCCCCUUCGUCAACAGCAUCUUCCUGUACCUGCCACCCAAAGCGCGCACGUCGCAAGAGGCGCUCCUGCGGUACGCGCGCGCCCUGCCCCCCACCACGCGCCUGGACUUGGCAACGGUGUCGUUCCGCGGCUCGGCCAAGACGUCCGGCUGCCAGUUGCGCGAGCUGCGCUCCAUGCCCGGCAAGCGCUGGGGCAUUGCUAACAUCGAACGAGUUGCCGUGGCGGCGCCAGCGGAGGCGAAGCCAGCGAAGCCGACGCCUGUGGAUGGGAUUCUGAAGGCCGCGCAGGGCGAGGGUGUCGCGAGGCCGCUGGAGAAGAAGCAGAAGGGCAGUAAAGCGCUUCGUCGCUUCGUGGAGCUGUUCAAUGAGCCUAGGAAUCGGUUCUAUAUCGAUCCUGAGAGGGGCUCGGGGAGGAGCAGGGCCCCGGGCGUGGUGCAGUUGGUUGUGGAGCAGAUUGAGCGGAAUGGGGGUGGGAAGAUUCACCUUUGAGAUUUGUGGAGAGAGAGGAAAGGGUGGAAUGACUGUGAAUGUAUACAUAUGUGUGGACAAAAGGAUGUAGUGGUACGAAAGUAUUUGUAAAGGUACGGGGGUUGGAUAUGCAGGGGUACAAAAGUAUCCAGGAGUUUACAAUAGCGAAAGUAAAGUCUUCAGGCCUUUAC